CACAGGUUUCGACCAGGGAGUUUUUCCACAAUCAUUUCCUCCUUUUGAUAUUCGGUCUCCCUCCGGUAUGCAAAAUGAGGUCGGGAAGGGUUUUAGUCUGUCUGCGGCGUUCGUGCCGCGCCAAAAAGACGACCACAUGGGUUUGACGUUUUGUUGUCGAACGUCUAGGCGAUCUCGAUCCAGGAACGACAUUUGCACGUGGUGAGGAUCAGUACUCUCAAUUCGUCUGAUGGGUCUAUUCUUUAGUGCAGCCAUAAAUCCGUGUCGCUAUAUCGACUACGGUGCUGGACCGACGUCCAGUAAGGCUGGGCUACUUGCCAGAUCAGCUUUGCGUGUAGCUUGGAGACAUGUAUAUUAAGGCAUAUCAGUCUUGGAAGAUGUGACUUGUUACUCGGCCAGGCACUAACGAGCUCAAGCAAAGACAGCAACGACAUCGAACAGUCUACACGAUUCGACAUCAACAGAACUCACAAUGCUCGACACGAAGUCUUACUUCUCCAACUUGAAGUUUCUGCUGGUGGCAGGUGUUGGUCUCUUUGGUGAUGGGUACCUCAAUAUCAGUAUCGGACUUGUUGUCCCAAUGCUCGGUUACCUGUACUAUUCGGAUGAGAAGAACACUAUCCCUACCUUCUCCGGAGACUUGAUCAAAGCUGGUCUUGCUAUCGGCAUGGUCUGCGGUCAGAUUGGUUUCGGAGUGUUCGGUGAUGCUCUGGGCCGUCACCGCAUCUACGGCAAAGAACUCAUGAUUACAAUCUUCGGCACGUUCAUGGUUAUCAUGAUGCCUUGGGGCCAUAUUCAGCAUCAUGAUGUGGUUGCGUGGAUGACCGUCUUCCGCAUCGUAACUGGCUUUGGGAUCGGAGGAGACUACCCAAUGACUUCUUCCUUGUCUGCGGAACAUAACCCGACGGGAUCACGAGCGAAGAUGGUCCUCGCAGUCUUCAGUUGUAUCGGCACUGGAAGUAUGACUUCUGCAAUCGUCUACGUGAUCCUGCUGGCAGCCUUCAAAUCCUCGAUCAAUGAAAACAUUCAUCACCUCCAAUGGGUCUGGCGACUGCUCUUUGGUCUGGGUCUUGUGCCACUGAUCGUCACCCUAUACUUCCGCCUGACCAUGCCGGAAAGCAAGCCUUAUGAGAAAUACGUGGCUCAGGAGACUUCGCUCAAGCACGACGGCAAACGUGGUCUUCACCAGCAAUGGCGUGACUUCAGAGAAUACUUCUCGGAGUGGAAGCACGCCAAGGUCCUGAUUGGAGUCUGUGCCUCCUGGUUCCUCUUUGACAUCGCCUUCUACGGUAUCAACCUCAACCAAAGUAUCGUUCUCUCCAAGAUCGGUUACGGCAAGGGAGCCACGCCAUGGCACACCCUGUGGAACACGGCGGUCGGCAACGUCAUCGUCUCUGCUGCAGGAUACUUGCCCGGAUUCUACAUUGGCAUCUUCCUCCCCGACCUCAUCGGCCGCAUCAACCAGCAAUUCUGGUGCUGUGUGGGGGUUACCAUCCUCUACGCCAUCUGGGCUGGCGUCACCAACCAUACCUCGACCGGUGGCCUUGUCACUCUUUUUACCCUGUCUCAACUCGUGUUGAACAUGGGUCCCAACUCGACCACUUUCCUCUUGCCCGUCGAAGUCUUCCCCACCCGUGUCCGAGCUACCGCCCACGGUAUCGCAGCCGCCUCAGGAAAACUCGGAGCCAUCGUCACGGCAUUCGCCUUCGGUUCCCUCUCGGACCGCAUUGGUCUCCGCGGCGUUCUCGGGUUUCUGGCAGGCAUCAUGGCCCUGUGCGCUGCUACUACUCUGCUCAUCCCUGAAACCAAGGGUAAGAGCUUGGAUGAGAUCGAGCGCGGAGUGCUCUAUGGCAAGACCGCUAGCGCUGAAAGCGUCCAGACCGACAGCGCCGCGACUUCUCCUGAGUUGUUCGCCAAGGAAGAGGCUUACCCUAAGAACGCUGAUGGAAAGGAUCUUGCGUCCGUCUGAUGCACGGUUCGUACGGGAUAUUACUAUGUUUACUAUGUCUGUGAACAAAGUGAACGGUGGUGACCCCGGCGUCGCGAGGAAUAUUUGGGUAUGCGGUUAUGCUCAGAGCAGGGAACGAAAAGAGAUAGAACUGUCCUUUCUGAUGGGGGAAGCGCUUCUGUACUUUUAUUCAGCCUACACCUCUUCAUCGAGGUGUUUAAUACCACACUAUACAAUGAAA